AUGGGCAAUUUCUGGUGUAUACUCUGGCUGUUAUUUUCUGAUGAACAUGACAAAUCUACGUUGGCUAGUCUAGAGGAGUACACAAGUGCUAGAGAAGAGGGUAGAGCAAUCAGAAAGAAACUUGGUCAGUUGUAUGUGCAAGAGGGUGAGCUGGAGAAAGAGCAUUACUGCCGUGCCCUAAGAUUGCCCAACAGAACACAUCCAAGUGUGCCAAUAGGGGAUGAGAGCCAAGCAAGAGUGGUUGAAUUGGUUGGUGAGAAACGAGAAUUUGAUUUUAAACCAAAAGGCCACCUGGAAAUUGGAGAGAGUCUUGACAUCAUAAGACAAAGACGGCUCGCCCAUGUGUCUGGGCACAGAUCAUACUACCUCAGAGGUGCAGGAGCCAGACUUCAGUUUGCCUUGCAAAAUUAUACUAUGGAUUUGCUUCAGAAACGGGGCUUUAUUCCCAUGGUUGUUCCUGACAUGUUAAAAUCAGUGGUUUUUGAGGGUUGUGGGAUGCAGCCUAAUGCUCAUAAAUCACAGGUGUACUCUCUGGACCCUUCACACUUUCCUGACCUUAAUCUUGCUGGUACUGGGGAAGUAGGAGUGGCAGGCUAUUUCAUGGAUCAUGCUGUAAAUUUGAAGGAUUUACCUGUCAGGACAGUCUGUAGUAGCACAUGCUAUCGAGCAGAAACAGAUACUGGCAGAGAGCCCUGGGGUCUCUAUAGAGUUCAUCAUUUUAACAAGGUUGAAAUGUUCGGUGUGACUUCGAAUGAAACGGGAGAGGAGAGUUCCCAAUUGUUGGAUGAAUUUGUCAUGUUACAGAAGGAGAUUUUCUCUUCCCUGAAACUUCAUUUCAGAGUCUUGGAUAUGCCCACUCAAGAAUUAGGGCCUCCUGCCAUUCGAAAAUAUGAUAUUGAGGCAUGGAUGCCAGGACGUGGCAGCUUUGGAGAGAUUUCCAGUGCCUCAAACUGCACAGACUACCAGAGCCGGCGCCUUAACAUUCUCUAUGAGGAAAAUGAUGGAAACCUUAAGUAUGCGCAUACGGUUAAUGCUACGGCUUGUGCUGUUCCACGUACUGUCAUUGCGAUUUUGGAGACACACCAAACCAAGGAAGGGACGAUUCUGGUUCCUGAAGUCUUGCGGCACUACCUCGGCAUGGAAGUGAUAGACAAACCUAAAUACACUCCUAUUAAAUAUAUAGGACCAAACCAACCCAAGCGUCAUACCUCAAAAUAACGGCUUGAUAGUAUAUCAGACUUCAAUGAAGUACAGUUUUUGCUGUAUUCUGAACAGUGAAUAUAGGCCUUUGUCAUAAUUAUCUUAAACCUCAUGCAUGAAUUUAUUUCCAAACCAACAUUUAUGUGGAUUAUCCAAAUUUUCAAUAAAAAAGUGAAAGUGAAGUGACAUGUGGCCAAGUUUGGUGACCCGUACUCGGAAUUUGAGCUCCGCAUUUAACCCAUCCAAGUACACACACACAGUAGUGAACACGCACCCGGAGCAGUGGACAGCCAUAUUGCUGCAGCUGGGGGUUCACACAACCAAACCACUCUAAUCCGGCUUGGUUGGUACCAUGAUGCUGAUCAUAAGCUUUCUUUGCCAACUCUGGCUUUGAUCCUAAGUUUGUGGUGCGCGUGCACAUGACUGUGUGACAUCAGUGGUGAACAGCCAAUCACAUGCCUUGUAACACAGAGCAAGUGUGAUUCACUUCUCGCGAGAGACCCAGUGAGAUUCAAAACUCUUUCGCUAAAGGUUAAGAGAUUGAAGAAUAUGAGGAAU